UGAGUUCUGAUGAAAUGAAGAGCAAUGUUGAACACCUGAAUGCCCUGCAUGUGAGCCUGGAAGCAGCACAGAAGGAACUUGAUGAAAUGAAUACUGAGGAACAGCUUCUGCAAUUUGAGACAAGUAUUUUCCCCAUCCUGCCAUUGAUGUUCCAACUGAAAGAGCCUUAUGACAAGUUGUGGACAACUGCUUAUAAUUUCAACCAGAAGCAAGAAAUCUGGAUGAAUGGACCAUUCUUGGAAUUGAAUGCUGAAACUAUUGAGAGUGAGGUCGGUGAUAUGUGGCGUACCAUGUAUAAAUUAACUAAAGUCCUCAGUGACCAACCUGGACCACGACGAAUAGCUGACAGUGUUCGUAGUAAACUGGACAAGUUCAAAGCUCACCUGCCACUUCUGCAAGUAAUAUGUAAUCCUGGUAUGCAGGAAAGGCAUUGGAAACAGGUCAGCGAGGUUGUAGGUUUUCCUGUAGAGCCAACAGCACAAACAUCCUUAUUUGAUAUGCUUAAUACUGGAUUUUCGGACCACCUCAGCAAACUGGAGGAGAUUGGUGUAGCAGCAGCCAAGGAAUACUCUUUAGAAAAAGCCCUUAAAAAGAUGAAAACAGAAUGGGCAGACGUUUACUUUGAAAUGGUCCCCUACAGGGAAACCGGAGUAUCUAUUCUGUGUAGCCUUGAUGAAAUUCAGAUGUUGCUAGAUGAUCACAUUACCAAGGCACAGACAAUGAAAGGCUCACCAUUUAUCAAACCUUUCGAAGCAGAAAUGCUUGAAUGGGAAGAGAAAUUGGUAUCAAUGUUUGACAUCAUUGAAGAAUGGCUGAAGUGCCAAUCAACGUGGCUAUAUUUGGAGCCAAUCUUCAGUUCAGAAGACAUCAUUGCACAGAUGCCUAAUGAGAGCCGUAAGUUCGCCAUUGUUGAUACAAUCUGGCAUGACAUCCAAGCAGAAGCUGUGAAGAAUACCCACUGUCUUGUAGCCACCAGUCAACACAAUAUGCUUAGCAGAUUGAAGGAGGCGAAUGUCUACCUUGAUGAGAUUCAGAAGGGACUCAACAUCUACCUGGAGAAGAAACGCCUGUUUUUCCCUAGGUUCUUCUUUUUGUCAAAUGAUGAACUUCUUGAGAUUCUGUCAGAAACCAAAGAUCCACUAAGAGUUCAACCUCACCUGAAGAAGUGUUUCGAGGCCAUCAGCAGGCUAGAGUUCACCGAGGAUGGGGAGAUUGUUGGAAUGGUGUCUGCUGAGAAAGAAGUUGUACCAUUCACAAUCAGCAUACAGCCUGCUAAAGCCAAGGGCAUGGUAGAGAAAUGGCUAUUAGAAGUCCAAAUUGCCAUGAUCACUAGUAUGCGUGAAGUAAUAUCUGAUUCCUUGUUGGCUUAUCCUGAGACUGCUCGCCGAAAGUGGGUGAUCGAGUGGCCUGGACAGGUGGUCAUCUGUUCCAGCAGUAUUUUCUGGACUUCAGAGGUAUCAGAUGCCAUGUCUAAGGAGAAUGGACUCAAGGACUACCUCAGGAAAAGUAAUGACCAGAUUGAUGAAAUAGUGGAACUUGUUCGAUCAAAACUAAGCAGUGGAGCUCGUAUAACACUUGGAGCAUUGAUUGUCAUCGAUGUUCAUGCCCGGGAUGUUAUCUUUGAACUGUGUGAAAAUAAUGUGAACAGCACUCAUGAUUUCCUAUGGUUGUCACAGUUACGUUAUUACUGGGUAGACAAUGUCAUCGUACGUAUGAUCACAACAGAGAUGAGGUAUGGUUAUGAAUAUCUAGGAAACACUCCUCGUCUUGUCAUUACCCCCUUGACAGACCGCUGUUACAGGACAUUGAUGGGGGCCUUAAAACUGAACUUAGGAGGAGCACCAGAGGGGCCAGCUGGAACUGGCAAAACUGAGACAUCGAAAGAUCUAGCAAAAGCUGUAGGCAAACAGUGUGUAGUAUUCAACUGUUCUGAUGGUCUUGAUUACCAAGCAAUGGGCAAAUUUUUCAAAGGUUUAGCCCAAUCUGGAGCCUGGGCCUGCUUUGAUGAGUUCAACCGUAUUGAAUUAGAGGUACUGUCUGUGGUUGCACAACAAAUCCAGAGUAUUCAAAUGGCUAUAGCACAACAACAAACUAAAUUCAUAUUUGAAGGAACUGAAUUGAAACUGGAUCGAACCUGCACUAUAUUUAUCACCAUGAAUCCUGGCUAUGCUGGUCGACAAGAACUGCCAGAUAACCUCAAGGUACUGUUCCGUACAGUUGCAAUGAUGGUACCAGAUUAUGCACUCAUUGGUGAAAUUGUGCUAUACUCCAUGGGAUUUGUACAGGCCAGAAAUUUAUCCGGGAAGAUUGUGGCUACUUAUAAACUUUGUUCAGAGCAGUUAUCCUCUCAGCAUCAUUAUGAUUAUGGUAUGAGAGCUGUAAAGUCUGUAUUAACAGCAGCAGGUAAUCUCAAGUUAAAACACGGUGAUCUAGAUGAAUCAGUACUUCUAUUGAAAGCCAUCAAUGAUGUUAACCUUCCAAAAUUCUUGUCACAGGAUGUCCCCUUAUUUGAAGGUAUUAUUGCUGACCUUUUCCCAGGUGUUAGUCUGCCUCAACCAGACUAUGGCAUAUUCAUGGAUGCUCUGGAGACAAACAUACAGAAGAGAAAGUUACAAUGUGUUCCAUGGUUCUUGGAUAAGAUUAUUCAGGUAUAUGAAAUGAUUCUUGUACGCCAUGGCUUGAUGAUUGUUGGAGAACCUUUGGGUGGGAAAACCAUGGCUUACCAAGUUCUUGCAAAUGCUUUGACAGAUCUCUGCCAGGAUAAGCUGUUUGAAGAAAACAAAGUGAAAUAUACCAUAAUUAACCCCAAGUCUAUCACAAUGGGACAAUUAUAUGGUUGCUUUGAUCCGGUGUCCCAUGAGUGGACAGAUGGGGUUUUGGCAACUGCAUUCAGGUCAUUUGCUAACGAAGCAACUGAUGACCGCAAGUGGAUUAUUUUUGAUGGUCCUGUGGAUGCCAUCUGGAUUGAGAACAUGAAUACAGUCCUUGACGACAACAAAAAGCUAUGUUUAAUGAGUGGUGAAAUAAUCCAGAUGAGUAAGGCAAUGAACUUACUGUUUGAAGCUUCUGACCUUGAGCAAGCCUCACCAGCUACAGUGAGCAGAUGUGGAAUGAUCUACAUGGAACCUGAAGAAAUGGGAUGGAGGCCCUUCAAGCAAUCCUUCAUGGACUAUGAACUCCCAGACCAUCUAGAACUUGCUCACAAGGAACUGAUAAAUGACAUGUUUGAGUGGCUCAUGCCACCCACCCUCUACUUUGUACAACAUAAAUGCCGACUCUUCCUCAAGGUAUCUGACAUGCAACUCAUUAACUCCUUCCUGCGCAUGUAUACAUGUUUGAUGGAUGAAAUCAGGGACUCCGACAAAGAUGUUGAAGGCGGCAAAACCUUGACAAGUCAACAGAUAUUCCUCUGGCUCCAAAAUCUGUUCCUCUUUUGUACGGUGUGGGCCAUUGGAGGCAUAACAUCCACUGAAUCUCGUAAGAGCUUUGAUGAGUAUUUCAGGACCCUUAUAAGUGGCACAGAUUCUAAGCAUUCAAAACCUAAAAGUUGUAAAAUCACCAAGAGUAAUGCAUUCCCUGAAAGGGGAACAGUGUUUGAAUAUUGUUUUGAGAAAAGGGGUUCUGGUAACUGGAUCAGCUGGAUGGAUACCCAAGACAAAGGAGCGCAGUCAAUCCCUUCAAAUGCCAAGGUCAGUGAACUGAUUAUUCCAACCACUGAGACAUUAUUUCAACAGUUUUUCCUCAAUAUAUUCCUGACUCAUGAGGUACCACUAUUACUGGUUGGUCCUACUGGUACUGGCAAGUCUGCAAUUACCAAUAGCUACUUAGUAACACUACCCAAGGACAUAUACAUUCCAAACUGUAUGAACUUCUCUGCCAGAACAACAGCUUACCAAACCCAAGAGAUAAUUAUGUCACAACUUGACAGGCGGAGGAAAAGUGUCUAUGGCCCACCAGUUGGGAAGAAGCUUAUCAUAUUUGUAGAUGACCUGAAUAUGCCAGCAAAGGAGGUAUAUGGUGCACAGCCACCAAUUGAACUCUUGCGACAAUGGAUUGAUCAUGGCCACUGGUAUGACAAACGGGACACAUCAAAAAUAUUUCUCAAAGAUGUGUUGUUUGUAUCAGCAAUGGCUCCUCCUAGUGGUGGCAGGCAGCCAAUUACAACUCGUUUUACAAGGCACACAAAUGUCAUAACCAUCACUGAGUUUGAUGACAGCACUCUGAGCAGAAUAUUUGGAAUGAUUUCAGAUUGGCAUUUUGGACGAGGUUUUGAGUCUGCAUUUAUGCGGAUGGGCAAGCUUAUGGUCUCUGCGACAAUGGAGGUAUACAAGAAUGCCAUUGUCACCUUCCUACCAACGCCAUCCAAAAGCCAUUAUGUAUUUAAUCUGCGUGAUUUCUCACGGGUCAUCCAAGGUGUACUGCUUGUUCCUCCUAUCAACAUGGUUGAGACAGACAAGGUAAUCCGACUGUGGGUACAUGAAGUCUACAGAGUAUUCCAUGAUCGUCUCAUUGAUGACACUGAUCGGGAAAUGUUUUUCAGCAUUGUCAAAGACUCAUGUCAAAACAACUUCAAGGUAAACAUUGACAAGGUUCUUGGUCAUCUUUCAAAAAGUGGUAAAGUGAAGGACAGUGAUGUUCGAAACCUCUUCUUUGGAGAUUUUGCCAACCCUGAUCAGAGAACUACUUAUGAUGAAAUACAAGAUUUAAAGGAACUGACCAAAGUCAUGGAACAUUAUCUGGAUGAAUGCAAUGCCAACAGUAAAAGUCCUAUGUCGUUAGUGAUGUUCAAAUUUGCUAUAGAACACAUUUCCAGGGUCAGUCGAGUUCUGCUGCAAGACAAUGGACAUGUCCUCCUUGUGGGUAUUGGAGGAAGUGGUCGACAGAGUGUGACCAAGCUGGCUUGCCACAUGGCUGAAUAUGACCUUUUUCAAAUUGAGAUAACACGUAAUUACACUAAUAAUGAGUGGAAGGAGGAUUUGAAGAAGCUGUUAUUACGUACAGGGUGCAAUGCCAAGCCUCAUGUGUUUCUCUUCUCUGACAACCAAAUCAAAGAUGAAUGUUUUAUGGAAGACAUCAGUAUGAUUCUUAACACUGGAGCUGUUCCCAAUCUCUUUGCUUCUGAUGAGAAAGCUGAGAUCAUUGAGAAGAUGCAGAGUGCUGCACGUCAAGAGGGGAGAAAGAUAGAUGCGUCACCAUUGGCCUUGUAUAAUUUCUUUGUUGACCGAGUGAAGAUAAACCUUCAUGUAGCCCUCACUCUUAGUCCCAUCGGAGAUGCUUUUCGCAAUCGUCUUCGUAUGUUUCCAUCAUUGAUAAACUGUUGUACCAUUGAUUGGUUCAAGGCUUGGCCUUCAGAUGCUCUGGAGAUGGUUGCCAACAAAUUUCUGGAGGAAACUGAAAUGGAUGAAUCUACCAAGCAUGAAUGUGUUGUGAUGUGCAAACAUUUCCAUGAAUCAGUUCGUUUAAUGUCUGAGAACUAUUAUGACAUCUUACGACGACACAAUUAUGUCACCCCAACAUCGUACUUGGAGUUAAUCAUGACCUUCAAAAAUCUUUUGACAUCAAAACGAACCGAGAUCCUAACAAUGAAGAACCGUUAUCUAACUGGUUUGGAGCAGCUUCAAUUUGCUGCCUCACAAGUGUCUAUAAUGCAGCAGGAACUGACUGAGUUGCAACCAGAACUAAUAAAGACAUCUGAAGAUACCGAGAAACUUAUGGUGAAAAUUGAGCAGGAUACUGUGGAAGUUGAGGCCAAAAAGGAGGUCGUUGCUGCUGAUGAAGCAAUUGCUAAUGAGGCAGCUGCAGCCUCCCAGGCUAUCAAAGAUGAGUGUGAAAGUGACUUGGCAGAAGCAAUUCCUGCACUGGAGUCUGCUAUUCAUGCCCUCAACACAUUGAAACCUUCUGACAUCACUUUGCUCAAAACAAUGACAAAUCCACCAACAGUUGUGAAAUUGGUCAUGGAAUCAGUAUGUGUCAUGUUAAUGAUUAAACCUGAAAGAAAACCUGAUGGCAGUGGGAAAAUGUUUGAUGAUUACUGGGGACCUUCACUGAAGCUCCUUGGUGACAUGAAGUUUUUGGAAAAACUGAAAACUUACAACAAAGACAACAUAGCGCCAGCUAUUAUGUCCCGUAUCAGGAAAAUCUAUAUACCAAAUCCUGAAUUUGAUCCCAAUGUAGUGAAACAAGCAUCAACUGCCUGUGAAGGUCUCUGCCGUUGGGUCAGAGCAAUGGACCAGUAUGAUAAAGUAGCUAAAAUUGUGGCUCCAAAGAAAAUUAAACUUUUGGAAGCAGAAACUGAAUUGAGUAUGCAGAUGCAGAAACUCGAUGAGAAACGAGCACAACUGAAAGAGGUUGCAGAUAAACUACAAGCAUUAAAUGAUAAAUUUGAAGCAAUGACCCAGAAAAAGAAAGAACUUGAAGACAACAUUGAAGUCUGUUCCAAGAAACUGGACCGGGCUGAACAGCUGAUUGGUGGACUAGGGGGAGAGAAAGACCGUUGGACAAAAGCCGCUAAAGAACUAGGAGAAUUGUAUGAUUGCAUUACUGGAGAUGUUCUGCUUGCAUCUGGUGUAGUUGCAUAUCUAGGUGCAUUUACUGUAGAUUACAGACAAACUAUCAUAAAAGAAUGGGUGGAACUGUGUGAAGAGAAAAAUAUUCCUUGUUCCCCAGACUUUUCCUUCAAUACCUGUCUUGGUGACCAGGUGAAGAUUCGCGAGUGGCAGAUAGCAGGGCUUCCUGCAGAUAACUUCAGUAUUGAUAAUGCUAUUAUCACCUCUAAGUCACGAAGAUGGCCUCUUAUGAUUGAUCCACAAGGACAAGCUAAUAAGUGGAUAAAAAACAUGGAGAAAGCCAACAAGCUGGCUGUCAUCAAGUUAUCUGACAGUAACUAUGUGCGCACAUUGGAGAACUGCAUCCAGUUUGGGUUACCUUUGUUGUUGGAGAACGUCGGUGAAGAGCUUGAUCCUCUGCUUGAGCCAGUGCUACAAAAAUCAACCUUCAAACAACAAGGUGUGGAGUACAUGCGUCUUGGAGAUAACCUGAUUGAGUACUCUCCACAGUUCCGCCUCUAUAUUACGACACGGCUAAGAAACCCACAUUAUUUGCCAGAAAUUUCUGUCAAGGUAUGUAUGCUAAACUUUAUGAUCACACCACAAGGACUACAAGACCAGCUAUUGGGUAUUGUGGCAGCAAAGGAAAAACCAAAAUUAGAGGAGAAGAAGAAUGAGCUGAUUGUGCAGGGAUCUGAGAACAAAAGACUGCUGAAAGAGAUAGAAGACAAAAUUCUUGAAGUGCUGACUGCAUCAGAGGGGAAUAUUCUAGAAGAUGAAACUGCAAAUAAAGUCUUAACUUCAUCAAAACUUUUGGCAGAAGAGAUAUCAGCAAAGCAAGCUAUUGCAGUUGCAACAGAGAUAGAGAUUGAUGAAACAAGGAAUGGUUACCGGCCUGUGGCUGUUCAUUCUUCCAUAUUAUUCUUUUGUAUUACAGAACUUGCCAAUAUUGAACCUAUGUACCAAUAUUCUCUCACUUGGUUUAUCAACCUGUAUCUACAUCUUAUACCACAGUGUGAUUUCCUGCAGAAGUGUAUAACCAACAGCCCACCGGCAUCGAAUAUUGAGAAACGGAUUGAAAACCUCAACUUGUAUUUCACAAACAGCAUCUAUCGGAAUGUGUGUCGGUCUUUGUUUGAGAAAGAUAAGCUUCUCUUCUCAUUCAUUUUAUGUGUUGAGCUCAUGAAAGGAGCAGGAAAUGUUGAUGAAGAAGUUUGGCGUUUUCUGUUAACUGGAGGUGUGGCUCUGGAUAAUCCAUACCCUAAUCCAGCCCCUGAAUGGUUGAGUGAGAAAAGUUGGGCAGAAAUUGUGAGGGCUUCAAAUUUAUUGAAUCUUGAAGAAUUCAUGACAAGUGUCCAAGGUGACCCAAAUCAGUGGAAGGAAAUAUAUGAUCAUCCAUCUCCACAUACUUUGUCAGUGCCUUCUCAAUUUAACAUGUGUACUGAGAUGGAAUGCAUGAUCAUCCUGCGAUGUUUGCGCCCUGACAAAAUGAUACCAAAAGUGCAAGAUUUCAUUGUCAACAACCUAGGCCCUGCUUACAUUGAUCCCCCAACUUUUGAUCUUGAAGGUUCUUUUGCUGAUUCAAACUGCUGUGCACCUCUCAUAUUUGUCCUAUCCCCUGGUGCUGACCCUAUGGCUGCACUGCUCAAGUUUGGUGAAGACAAAGGUUUCACACAAAAGAUACAGACUAUAUCCCUUGGACAAGGUCAGGGUCCGAUAGCUGAGAAAAUGAUCCUAAAAGGUAUAACUGUUGGAUCAUGGGUUGUAUUACAGAAUUGCCAUUUAGCUACAAGCUGGAUGCCAAAACUGGAAAAGAUCUGUGAGGAGGUAAUUAUACCAGAAAAUACUCAUGAAGAAUUUCGGCUUUGGUUGACUAGUUACCCUUCAGACAAAUUUCCAGUUUCAAUAUUACAAAAUGGUGUGAAGAUGACCAACGAACCACCAAAAGGUUUAAGAGCCAAUAUGCUUAGAUCAUUCUUGAAUGACCCUAUUUCAGACCUCAACUUCUUUAAUGGGUGCAACAAGCCAGAAGUAUGGCACAAACUGUUGUUUGGUCUCUGUUUUUUCCAUGCCCUUGUACAAGAACGACGCAGCUUUGGACAUCUCGGAUGGAACAUUCCGUAUGGAUUUAAUGAAUCUGACCUGCGGAUCAGCAUGAGACAGAUGUUGAUGUUCCUAAAUGAUUAUGAGGAACUGCCCAUUGCAGCACUGACCUAUUUGACUGGCCACUGUAACUAUGGUGGUCGUGUCACAGAUGACAAGGACCGUCGUCUUUUGAUGUCAAUGUUGUCCAACUUCCUGAACUAUGAAAUUGUCACUGAGACAAACUAUCCAUUUUCUCAGUCAGGUAUCUACUAUACACCACCUGAAAGUGAGUAUGAUGAUUAUGUGAAGUACAUCAAAAAUUUUCCCAUCAUUACAUCACCUGAAGUGUUUGGACUUCAUGAGAAUGCAGACAUCACCAAGGACAACAAUGAAACACAGGAGCUUUUCAAUGGAAUUCUUUUGACCCUUCCUCGUGUUACCUCUGCUGCAGGCAAAUCAUCAGGAGAAGUAAUUCAAGAGUUGGCAACAGAUAUUCUUCAGAAACUUCCAGACAAUUUUGACAUGGAAAAGGUGAUACAAAAAUAUCCUGUGUUGUAUACAGAAUCGAUGAACACAGUUCUUCGUCAAGAAUUGAUCCGCUUCAACAGACUAACUUCAGUAGUGCGAGAGACUCUUAAAAGUUUGUGCAAAGCCAUCAAGGGUCUUGUAGUGAUGUCUGCCAGCUUGGAAGAAGUUUUUUCCAGUAUGUUGGUUGGUCGUGUUCCUUCCGUAUGGGCAGCAAAGUCCUACCCCUCUCUCAAGCCAUUAGGCAGCUAUAUUAAUGAUUACUUAUCAAGAUUGAAAUUCUUCCAGGAUUGGAUUGAGAAGGGUCCACCAACAACAUUUUGGAUUUCUGGUUUCUACUUCACUCAGUCCUUUCUCACAGGGUUUGUUUUUAGAAGGAGCAUGUUGGAACCGGAGCACUUCAUUCAUUGCAGAAUCUUUACCCAAGAUUUUGUUUGAUCCGCUACCAGUUAUCUGGCUAAAACCCAAUGAUAUAGAGAAGUUCAUACCAGUGCCAAGUUACUCAUGUCCAGUGUACAAGACAACUGCCCGGCGUGGAGUCUUGUCCACUACUGGGCACUCCACCAAUUUCGUAAUGUUU